AUCUUUGGGGUAUGGUCGUCAUUACCCGGUUUUGCUACGAAAGCAUAGAAUCGAGUGUUCCUCUCUCUGCGUUAAACUAAGAUCUCGUGCAAACCUUCUCUGCGGGUGCACCGAUUCGUAACGUACACCCACCUCCCCAGGUUUCCCCCAAGAUCCCUUCUUCUCCUUCUUCGUCUUCUUCUUCAUCCUACAAGUGUGGGGUCUUGUCUCAAUUCCUAUGUAUUGACGACUUUGUAACGGCAAAUCGGGGUACAUAAAACGGAUCGUGUUCUAAUCUUUGGUCAAAUGGAGAUUUCAAGCCGGACCUUUGUUUUCUUCUUCUUCUCUCUCUGUCUCUUGUCGUCAACCUCUCUCUCGAUCGAAAAUUUUCACCAGGCUUUUCCUAUUGUUGAACCUGCUCCUAGUCAUACCAAGCUUCAGCUUAGCAGAGAAGGUUUGGAAGCAAUUAGCAGAAUUACUACUCCUAUUUCUGCUGUUGCGGUGAUUGGCCCUUAUCGCUCUGGAAAAUCAUUUCUACUCAAUCAGCUUCUUUCCCUUUCCUGUUAUGAAGGUUUUGGUGUUGGACACAUGCGUGACACCAAAACAAAAGGUAUUUGGGUCUGGGGAACACCAUUAGAGCUGGAGAUUGAUGGAGUCAAAACUUCCGUAAUUUACCUGGACACUGAAGGAUUUGAAAGUGUUGGAAAGUCAAAUGUCUAUGAUGACCGGAUUUUUGCUCUGGCAACGGUUAUGAGUUCUGUGCUUAUCUAUAAUCUGCCUGAAACUAUCCGUGAAGCUGACAUUUCUCGGCUCUCCUUUGCUGUUGAGUUGGCGGAAGAAUUUUAUGGAAGAGUAAAGGGUGAAGAUGUUGCUUUUGAACCGUCAAAGCUUCUGUGGCUUAUCCAGCGUGAUUUUCUGCAAGGGAAAUCGGUGAAGCAAAUGGUGGAUGAAGCUCUCAGACAUGUCCCUAAUGAAGAUGGUAACAAAAAUAUUGACCAGGUUAACCAGAUUCGGGAUUCCUUGGCUAUAAUGGGUGACAACAGUACAGCCUUUAGCUUACCACAGCCUCAUCUCAUGCGGACAAAGCUAUGUGAUCUGAAAGAUGAGGACCUGGACUCUACCUAUGUUGCAAGGCGUGAUCAAUUGAAAAAGCUUGUUGCUAGUAUUAUCCGCCCAAAGAUAGUGCAGGGGAAAACGCUAAAUGGGAAGGAGUUUAUUUCUUUCCUGGAACAGAUAUUGGAUGCUUUAAAUAAAGGAGAGAUCCCAUCAACAGGAUCACUAGUUGAGGUUUUCAAUAAAGAUAUUGUUGAGCGUUGUGUGAAGCUGUACAAUGAGAGGAUGGUAAGAUUGAGGCUACCAAUGUCUGAAGAAUCUCUCCAAAGUUCCCAUGAAACGGCACAUAAUGAAGCUAUUAAGGCAUUUGAUGCACAACAUUUUGGUAGACAGCAUGCAAAGAAAUCUGUCGAUCAGUUGGAUGAACAAAUGCAGGAGGUAUACAAGAAUUAUAUUCUUGCAAAUGAAUACCAAUCAUCGAAGCUCUGUGAGAAACUAUAUACAAAGUGUGAAGAUGACAUGGACCACUUACAGGCUCUCCGACUUCCUUCCAUGGCUAAAUUUAAUGCAGGUUUCGUGUACUGCAACCAAACUUUUGAGCAGCAAUGUGUUGGUCCUUCGAAGCAAAACUAUGAGCAAAGAUUAACUAAGAUGAUGGGAAAGUCACGGUCUUUGUUUGCAUAAUUGCACUUUGUGUGCUUUAUUGGCGGUGUUAUGGAAAGAGGAAACACGGGGCUCGCUGGCUUCUUCCGAUGUACAAUAACCAGAAGAAUGUCCGGAAUAGGGAACGGUCUGAGUAAAAAAAAAACACAUUCCUCCUCCCAUCCCUUAUACUUAUAGCAUCUUCUCGGGCAUGCUCGUUGUUUUUAUCAUCCGAAGCUCUCUGCCCGUUACUACCAAAUUUUUGGACGCAGAAGAAUGAAGACGAUGAUUUGAUCGAUCCAAGUUGGUUUGAUUGUACCAUUUGCAUAGAAUGCAUUUGUAAUGUUUAACUUUAUAUUAUGCAUAUGAUCCGAUCUGUUUUAUUUUUAUACCCAAUCACGGUUAAUUUUAGCUAACAACAACCCUUACGAGUCUGUUUCUAUUUUAUUUAUUUUAUUCAAUUCAA